CUGAAAGUCAAAGUCCGUGACCUUGAACAGGAAAUAAAAACAACAUUGACCGUUUUCUUGGACUCUGAUGUCCCCCGUGGUAAUUGGAGGGAAAUAGCAGCACAACAUGAUUUGAACUCUGAUGAAAUAGCACACAUAGCUACUGGAUAUCCCGGGAAAUAUAGCUUUUUCCAGACACUACUAGACCACCAAAACUUACAAAAUUAUACAGUUGGAGAAUUGAUAAAUGACUUGAUAGUGAUCAAUAGACCAGAUGUUAUAAACAUGCUCACGAAUCACCUCAAUAAUGGUUCAAGUAUGUGGAAUCUCAGAGGCCAAUCCAAUCGCAUAGGCCAAUCCAAUCGCAUAGGCCAAUCCAAGCAUAGGAAUAACUUUGUACCCUACAGUCGUUAUCCAGUGCCCCAUUGA